AUGACACACCCACAAGGAAUGUGGAUUAUAGGAUACGGAUCCUUAAUCUUUAAACCACCACCACACGUAUCGUACAAAGUCACAGGCUACUUAAAAGGGUUUAUUCGCCGAUUCUGGCAAAGCUCAAUAGACCAUCGAGGAACACCCGAGUAUCCCGGCAGAGUGGUAACCCUCCUUUCCAUAGACGAUCUAACCUCCCCCAAAUUUCACGACGAGUUCUAUAAUGUGUCGUCGCCUGACGACUUGCGUGUUUAUGGAGUGGCAUACUACAUCGAGCCACAGCACGUCGAACAAGUCAAACAGUACCUCGACAUCAGAGAACAAAACGGGUACACCGCCCACAAAGUGCCAUUCUACGUGGGAGAAGAGUUCAUUGAGAGCGAUAUCUACAUUGGAACAAUCGACAACGAAGCAUUUGUGGGGCCAGAAUCGUUAGAAGACACCGCCCAUGUCAUACGCACUGCUGUCGGUCCCAGUGGCAAAAACAUAGACUACCUCGCCAACCUCGUCCACUCAAUCAAAGACUUUGGUAUUAGAGACCACUAUUUAGAACACCUAUACACCCUAGCUAGCUCAAAUCCCGAUAGUUCAACGCUGCCGACUCUAAAACCAGCGCCAACUGAUUAA